GAAGUAAAAGUUAAUAAUCGACUUAAAAGCGAAGGAAACUCCCACGUUUACUUUUCUUUUCGCGCAAUUUUACAUGACUCAGGAUAUCGAGUUUGUGUGUGUGUGUGUGUUUGCUAUAAGUGUAUUGGGUUAGAGGUAAGCUCGUCGAGCGCAGGAGCAAAAUGAAUAGAACAGGACGAAAGUCGACGAUUCCGCCAGACAGACAGACGGACGCGAGAAAGGACAAAAGUGAGAUGGAGGGUAGUAGCUCACCGGGUUCGAAGUCGUCAACCGUCUAGACUCUUUCUAAUACUUAUAUAUAUAUAACGAUAAACACAUGGAAACUUGAGCCUUGGUUAAUGGAGAACCUUGUUUUUCGACCAUCCUGAACGACUAUUCAAUUACGAGAGAGAUUUUUUUUUUAUUGGUGUCAUUAUGGACCAACCUUUCACCCCACGAAAUGCAGAACCACCUGCUAAUCAACCACCUCCAAUGGUAAAACAAAAUCCUCCAGGCUUUCAACAGGCGCCACCAGGAGGUCAACAAAGAUUUCCAGUGAUUAAUAAUAAUGGUCCAGGACAACCUCCACCAUUGCGUCAUCUAGACAGUAGAUCGUCAUUGAUUCCCGGUCAAUUUCCACAACAAAGACCACCGCCUCCUUACGGACCAAGACCUCGUAACGUUUUCUAUCCCCGAGGUCAAGCACCUCCACUUCCUGGUUCUCAAGGUCAAUUUCCAUCUCCUCAAGGAUCAGUUCCCGGCUCUCCUAAUCAAACAAUACCACCACAAGGAUUUCCAGGACCUCGAUUCAUUCAAAAUCCAAAUAUUCGAGGUCCUCCUCAAUCAUCUCAAAGAUCUCCAUUUCCUCAACAAUUUUUUCCCCGCAAUGGCAAUGAUCAAAUAAGAGGACCUAUUGAAUUUCCACCAAAUCAAAAAUUACAACGUAAUGAUUCAGUGGCGAAUUUAAAUCCCCGUUAUCCAAUUCCUGCCGAUAGGCGACCUCAAUUAAUUCCUCAAAUUUCCAUCGAAAGAAUGUCAGACGAAGGAUCAACAAAAUCAAUCCCAGCCGAACAGGCUGAUAUUGAAACAAUUAAAAAAAAGGAAAAUGACGAUGACGACGAUGAUGUCGUGGUGGAUAGUGAAAAAUUGUCAGAUAAAAUCGAAAUUCCAAAAUCCCCACGUUCCUCAGCUCCAAGUCGUCAAGAUUCAACAUCCAGUGAUGGUAAAAAUUCCGAUUUGGAUAAAAAUUCCCUUGGUCCAUCUAAUCAAACAUCACCAGUUCGUCUCCAAUCUCCGGCUAAUUUUCAAUCUUCUCCAGCUUAUCAACAAUCACCAAUUCAUUUACAAUCUUCUCCAGCUCAAUCACCGUCUCAUCUACAAUCAUCGCCAGCUCAUCAACAAUCACCCGGUCCAGCAAGUAGACCUCCAUCAGCUUCCCUAAGUCUCAAUAAAACAUCUCGACCACCUUCUGCAAUUAAAGACAAUUCAGACAAGAAUAUUGAAAAUAAAAAUAAUGAUGAAAUAAUUAAAUCUAUUCCUAAUGGACAAUGA